AUGGGGUGCGUCUUCGCAGAUUAUGACGGUGAUGCCGACCUCGACCUUUACCUAACCACCUAUGGUGAGAAUGUCCUCUAUCGGAACAAUGGGAAUGCCACCUUUACCGAUGUCACGGAAGCUGCCGGUGUCGGUUGCGAAUUGUGGAGCACAGGUGCCGCCUUCGCAGACGUAGACGGCGACACCGAUUUAGAUCUCUACGUUUGCAACUAUGUCACCUACGAUUUAGAGCAGUUGGAACAGAUGAAGGAAGAGUCCCUACAAUCUGGAAAACCCGUACCGAGUGCCCUGAAUCCGCAUGUCUUUGAACCCCAAGAUAACGUCUUCUAUCGGAACAACGGGGACGGCACUUUUACCGAUGCAACCGAUGAAACAGGAAUCGCAGCAGUAGGUGGUAGAAGCAUGCAAGCCAUCUUUAGCGAUUUUGAUAACGAUAACGAUGUGGACCUCUAUGUCGCAAAUGAUACCUCCACGAACCAUAUCUAUCGCAACGAUGGAGGUGGCGCGUUCACGGAUGUCAGUGCCGAAUCGUGGGCGGCAGAUUUUCGCGGUUCUAUGGGACUCACCGCUGGCGAUUACGAUGCUGAUGGGGAUAUCGAUCUCUUUAUGAGCCAUUGGGUGGACGAAGAAAACGCACUCUAUAGAAAUUUGUUGAAAGAAGCAGACGGAAUGGAAGAGGGGAAGAACGGAAGAGUGGACACCCCUCCUUCCACCCUUCCAUCCUUCCAUCCAAGCCGCAUCCGGUUCGUGGAUGAAUCCUAUACCGCUAUGCUUGCUGAAGAGAGUAUCAAGCAGAUCGGAUGGGGCACCACCCUCUUUGACUAUGACAACGAUGGUGAUUUGGAUAUCUUUGUGACGAACGGUAGUACUUUCCAAGAGCUGAGACAACCAGAGGUGCUUAUCCCGCAGGCUGAUAUGUUGUUCCGAAACAAUGGAGAUGAGACAUUUGCCGAUGUUAGUCAGGAGGCAGGAAUUGCGGCACUCCCUAUCCGAGUCGGUCGCGGCGCAACAUUUGGAGACUAUGAUAACGAUGGCGAUGUCGAUAUUUUCAUUGUCAAUAACCAUGCCCCACCGACCCUGUUGCGUAAUGAGGGCGGAAACCGCAGCAAUUGGCUCCAUGUCAAACUCGUUGGAACAGAAGCGAAUCGAAAUGCCAUCGGCGCGAAAAUCCAAGUGAAAACGGCAGAUCAGACGCAGAUACGAGAGAUUUACGCAGGUGAUAGUUACAUGUCCUUUAACAGUCUCAUCGCGGAAUUUGGCGUGGGGAACGCCACACAGAUUGAGACGUUACAGCAAUUUCAGGCAGCACUUAAGCAGAAUCCUUCCAAUGCUGAGGCGUACUAUCAGCUCGGUUUGGUGUAUGAAGGAUUAGUAGAUGCUACGCAAGCGAUCGAUGCAUUCAGGAAUGCGGCAAGAUUGGCACCGAAACGUCCAGAAAUAACACUCGCACUCGGGCGCGUCUAUUGGCACAGCGGUAACCGUUCCCUUGCGCGCACCGAGUUUCAAAAUCUGCUGAUCGGUUCCCCCAAAAAGGAAAUCCUCCUUCAGUUAGCAGGUCUCACCGGGGAUGCCUACCACGUCCAGCGUAUUCGCACCGAAGGCAGCGACGACUACGAGCAGACCUUCACUGAAAAAGGAAAUAUAAUGACGUUUAUUGCAAAGUAUACUGACGAUUAUAGUCCCGCAAUUUCGCCUGACGGAAAGUGGCUCGCCUUCGCCUCAAAUCGCCUUGAGAACGCUGAGUUGUAUCUCAUGGAUCUCACAACUCGCACGCUCCAGCAGCUCACGCAUACCGAUGAACUUGACGAAUACAUGCCUGCUUUUUCACCAGAUGCCAAGUCUAUCGCUUUCGUUACAGAACGCACCCGAGGGGGUAUGAUGCUCCCACCUGUCCAAGCGAGUGGAUCUGAUCCGAGUGCUGCCACCAUAUAUCUCAUGGAUAUUGAUGGGAGAAACCAGCGUCCAUUAAUUGAUAUAGAGGGGGCACAGCGCGCACCUGCCUUUUCGCCUGACGGACAAAAAAUCGCUUUUGAAUCCAAGGCACCUACUCAGGAAACGCCGAGCAACCCCGGAAGCACUGAGAACAACGCCACAUUAGAAAUCUACAUCAUUCAUAUUGAUGGCACAAACAAGAAGCAGCUGACGCAUAACGCUGUAGACGAUGGACAUCCAACGUGGGCACCCAAUGGAAAGCAGAUCGCUUUCACCGGAAUGGUGGACAACAUCUACCAAAUUUUCAGCGUCAACGCCGAGGGUGGCACGGUGAAGCAGUUGACAUUUGAAAAUGCAAGCCAUUAUCAUCCCACUUUCAGUCCGGAUGGCAAACGGAUUAUCUAUGUCUCGAACGCGCAUAACCAUUAUACGCUCUGGACGAUGAACGCCAACGGAAACCCAAACAAAACCCAACUCACGAACCACAUCGGCGCGCAUUUUGAACCGAGCCUCUCACGGGACGGAAGAAUGCUUGUAUUCAGUUCCGACCGUUCCGAUCACAUGCGAAUCUAUCUCAUGGAUUUGACAAAACCCGUCCAAAAAGAAGCGUUGAAGGCAAGGCUGGCAGAUUUGUAG